AUGCCUACAGUCUUGCUUCCAUCUUCUGCUGCUGCCUUUGCGCCCCGGUCAUCACCCAAUGUGGUCCUGACUCGAAAGGUUGCGCCGUGGUUGACCGCGACCUUGAAGCGUGUCAACCGGGUCAAGCGCCCGCUCAACAACGUCACCCAGCAUACUCGGUGUUUAACCGAGACCCUGUCGUCCAACAAUGCGAUAUGGACCCUAUGCUCGAUGAUGUUCACCAAGGCGCCCGAAUCAGAGCUAAGGAAGGACGAGAAUCCGCUCGUGGAGGGCCUGUUCAACUACCAGAUGAUCCACAUCGAGGCUUACGUGGUACAUGUCGACAUGGUCUCGCGUAACGAGGUGGCCUUCAAAUUGACCCCGGAGACUAUCGAGUCUCUAGUGGACUUCCAUAAGGAAAUCUACUCGGUCGAUGCCGCCGCGAACACGUGGGACUGGUCCGGCAAGCAGGCCCAGCUGAAGAAGUUGCAGGAAGAGUUCGUCCAAGCCGCCAACAAGUUCGUCUAUCGAACCGACGCCGAAGCCCUGGAGGGACUCGAGGAGGAUGGAGCUGGGGAGUUGCUCUGCGGUCGUAGCGAGGAGGCCAAAACAGCCAUCUCGAAUCUUUUCCUGCCGCUGUUGCCUCCGCCACCACGGGUGGUGGAUGUGAUGCGCUCCGUGCCUGUCCUCCCCAGCUCCACGGGCCCUGAAACUUGGUGGCAUACCCCGAUGCCCCCUUCCGCACCAAUGGAGUGGAAAGUACUGCCACCCAGUCCAUCCCCGGCCAGUACGGGAGAUUCUAAUCCGAAUCUGUGGGCCAGUCUCGCUUUCACUGAAGCCCAACUGCCAUCGCCGACCCCAUCCUACAGCCAACCCUUCACCACCGCGGCGUACCCGACCUACGACAUCAGUAUGGCAGCGACCUCGGCGGUUAUCGCACCCCUCCCGCUUCCCAGCUUGCUUGUGCAACAGUGUAGCACGGCUGCUAACAUGACCGGUUUUGGUGGGUUUGGUGGGUUUGGUGGGUUUGGUGGCUGGGGUGAUUUCGCCCCGUUGCCCUACGGCACGACGAUAUAG